UCGGUUGGUGCCACGCGGUCUUGCCGAGACGUAGUCGUCGUUAUUGUCGUGGUUGUUGUCGUUGUUCGCCGGGAGAAGAAUCGCGGCUGCAGGGAGCAGAGAACACACAGCGAGAGCAUGUGGAGGCGUGUCGAGAAGCGUGAACCGUGGCAUCGUGGUUGCCGAGGGUCAAACGUAGCUGGUGGUCGCGUGGCGCGAUGGUGCGUUGGGUGUGGAUGCGCGCUUUUCCUUCUGCUGCUGGUUACCCUCGUCAGCCAGCCAGUCCAGUGCCAAACAUUCAUCCGGCGAACGGCCAAUGUUUGCCGGACAGAUGACGAGUGUCCGAUGCAAGCCUACUGCGAACGCUACAAUUCGGUCCACGAGUAUGGUGUCUGUUCGUGUAUGGCGGGCUACUUUGCUGUAACCGAUGCUAACAGUACACGCAGAUGUUUGCGAGCGGCCACCGAUAUUGGCGACUAUUGUCUUCACAACGAUCAGUGCCAGUACACGCUGAGUACGGAUUCCGAGUGCCGGGAUAACUCCUGCCAGUGUCGCGAAGGUGCACAUUACGUGGAGCGUGAGAAGCGUUGCUACAAGACGAGCUUUCUGGGCGAUUACUGCCGCCUAACCAACAACUGCAUCGGCAAUGGCACGUACUGCCGGGACGGUGUCUGUGUCUGCACUCCCGGUAAACACCCAAAUAACGAUAGAAACCGGUGCCUGCAGGAUGCCAAGCUGGGUGACCCGUGCUUCCGGGAUGAGGAGUGCGUGACGGACAAUUCGCGCUGUGCCCAGGAGGUCUGCACGUGCCGCAUCAGUCACGUGCUGAACGAACACCGGAACCGAUGCUUACCAAUUGCCAGUAAAAUGUACGAUCUUUGCGAAGAGCACAUCCAGUGUCUGUACAACAUUCCCUACUCACAGUGCCGCAUCACGACCGGAACGGAUGGUAUUACUAGCGGCCGGUGUUCCUGUGCGAAUCGUUUCCACGAGACGAACCUGAAAUGCUACUCAUCCGUACACUUGAAUGGGAUCUGUGAGGUGAAUGAAAACUGCAUCGAUAUCGACACAGCCUGCAUUCACGGGCGUUGCCGCUGUAUAGAUCACCUGAUAGAGGUGAACGGAGUGUGCUCUGGGACCGUGUCGAUGAUUCACCGUAGUUCUGUAAUUCUCAUUCUAACGUUGGUUAUACUUGCCACAUCAUACAGCAUUAGUUGACCUCGAAAGCAUAACGCAAUCAUAACGAGGCGUAAACGAUGGCUACUCUCGAUCGAGACGAUACUCACACCGUGCAGCGUUCACACGUCAGCUUAUGCAUUCCAAAGGUUCCAACCAAUGCACCUAUUUACCGUCCAAACAGUUAGAAUAAUUAGAUAAGAAUAAAUUCGUUGGCCUGCGAUCACUUUUA